UUGGCCUACGGAUUAGGAUAGGGAGCGAAGAAGCACAAAAACAGUCACUGAAAGCUAAAAAGCAAAGCAGAGUGAACCAAAAUGGCAACCAAUGGAGUCUCAAUCUCAGCAACAUUCUCAGUUUCUGCUUCCGCUUAUCCCGUAAAACCACUCCGUACGACUCCCAAUAACAGCCCUUUUCUGAGGUUGCCGUUUCGAAACCAUGUCGUUUCGAAUUCUUUCCAACAACGUUUCACAAUUAAAGAGAUAAACACGAAGAAGCAGAAGCAGCUGCUGAGAAUAGUGAGGUCUGUGGAAGAAGAAACCCAAAUAAUUCCAGAGGAACAACAACUUGGAGAAGCAGAAGUAGAAACGUUGUCGUCUUCGCCGGACCAACCUGCCGUUUCGGUACCCGUUUCUCCUUCUGACAUCCUUACCAUGUUCUUUCAGGCAGAGGGAGUCAUGAAUGAAGCAACUGUUCCUACUGUCACCAAAGCCUUAGAGGAAACAGAGGGCAUUACUAAUUUGAAGGUUAAAGUUGUUGAGGGCAUUGCAAGUGUUGAGUUGACAAAACAGACAACAGUACAAGCUACAGGAGUAGCUUCUAGUUUGGUUGAGACCAUACAAGGUUCAGGCUUCAAGCUGCAAACUUUGAAUUUGAGUUUUGAAGAUGAAGAGGAUUCCGUUGCCUAGAACUUACGAAACUCAGAAAAAAA